GUAAAACGGGCACAGCACCUCUCCAUUUUUCUCGUCAACUAGUGAUUUAAUCAGAUAUCUUAUCACUGAUUUCGGCAGAGAGAACGCGACAGCGGCUAAGACACGAGCAAAUAAUGACACGCGAAGACGACGACAAUGGAGGGCCCAGCGACCAGAUGAUCGUCACCGAAACCAACCCACCGACCAUGGAAGAUAAGUACCACAUGACCAUCAUUCUGUUCUACUCCCUGGGGGUAACGUCCGUUAUUCCCACACAUUUUUUCCCGACCGCCACCGAUUACUGGAUGUAUAAAUUCCGGAACCCGGAUUUUCACGGUAAUUAUACGGAACAAAACAGGACUGGGAUGCAAGCGGAGUUUGUUGCCGACUAUUCCGUUGUGUCGAAUGUCAGUAAUGUGGUCUUUUUGGUCGUUACUAUCAUUUUUUUGAAGAGGCUAAGUCUAGUGAAACGGAUUAUGGGGGCGCUGAGUGGCGCGCUAGUCAUGUUUGCUGUCACCUGUAUGUUUGUACAGGUUGAUACGGAUGAUUGGCAGCGCGGUUUUUUCGUCACGACUCUCGUGAUUGGCUUCCUGUUGACAGGGUUUUGUGCCGUCUUUAUGGUGUCACUUUUCCAACUUGUGACGCGUUUUCCGCCCAUUUAUCUAGCCGCCAUGCUUUCGGGUCACUCACUUUGUGGCAUUUUCGCUUCGCUCGUUCAAAUUUUCUCACUCAGUAUAGGCGCGGGUUCGAAAACCAGCGGUUUGACGUAUUUUUCCAUUGGAAUGUUUUUCAUUUUCCUCACAUUGGUUGGUUUUAUCAUAACUUUGACUAAAUCUCUGUUUUUCCAAUACCAUUUAACGAAGGAAGUCGAAACGGUUAAACCGAAAGUAACGAAAGAUUUGUUCUUGUCGGUUCUGAACAAGCUGAAGUAUUAUUUGAGCUCGAUGAUUAUUGUUUUGGGGUGCACGAUUAUGCUGCACCCGGGGCUGCUAUCACUUGUAGUCUCGGUUGAUAAAGGGAAUGGGAAAAGGUGGAACGAUGUGUUUUUUGUGCCAGUCAUCACAUUUUUACUGCAUUUUUCGUUCGAUUAUAUUGGGAGGGAAAUUGCAGGAUAUUGGAAAAAACCGAAAAAUGGGUUAAUAAUUUUCAUAGCAAGCCUUCUCCGAGCGGCUUUUGUUCCAAUGUUUAUGCUAUGUAACGCCCAACCUCGCAGCCACCUACCAGUGAUUUUCGACCAAGACUACGCCUACAUUAUUUUUGUGAUUAUUUUCGCAUUUACGAAUGGAUAUCUAGUCAACUUGUGCGUCAUACACGUGCCACUAGCCACCGCAGAGGAGGAAAAACCUUUAGCCAUGAUUUUAAUUAUUAUAUUUAUGCUAGUCAGCCUUGGUGCUUGCUCGUUUAUAAGCUCGGCUCUUGUAAAAUCAAUUUAACAAUUUUUUGUACUACUGAUAUGAAAUAUGAACUUUUAAAAAUAAAUUUUUAAGUAACAGAAAA